GAAAAAAUCUUUUUAUCAAAUAAUGUCUCAAAGACCACCCGCACCAUCAAAUCAACCUCCUCAACAACCCCAAGCACCUUAAUAUCAUCCAUAAGCACCACAAUAUGCUCCUUAAUAUGCCCCUUAAUAUGCUCCUUAAUAUGCCCCUGCUCCAUUAGCCACAUAUCCAGCAUAAUAUGCACCUGCAUAUGCUCCCGUUGCCCCAUUGACAUACAGCGUCGCCAGACCAGUGGCUCCAGUCGUCGCUCAACCAGUCGUCUAAGCCCCAGUUUUACAAUAAUCAGUCAUCGCUCAACCAGUCGUUUAACAACCAGUCCAUGCAACAAUCAAGGGAGAAUCAAGAAUCGAAUACGUCCCCUACUAAAAGGCUGUCAUGGAAUAUGAAGAAUAAGAAGUCGUUCAAUAUGUCCCAAGAGAAAGAAAAGUCACAGAUUAUUAUGCAGUUGAAUAUUAAACAGAAUACGUCCCAUAAGUUUUCCAAGAGAAAUACACAGAGUAUGUCCCAGUCGACAGAUAUCAAGAGAGAGUUGAGUACUAUCCAGUUGAGAGACAAGUUGUUCAUUAAUAAGUCGUCCAACAACCAGUCGUCUAAUAAGUGGUCUAAUAACCAGUUGUUUAAACAAUUGCACCAUAACCAGUUGUUUAAUAAUUUGUACAAUAACCAGUCAGUGUUGUCUAACCAGUUUAGACCUAUCCAGUCUAAUAUGCUGCCCCAAUCAUUUCAUCAAGAGUGAUUCCAUCAUAUCCUUAAUAUCCUUAAUAUCACCCAGCACCACAAUAAGUUUAAUAAUAACCUCCCAGAUCAAAUUUGAACAAUAACAUUUGAUAAAUUAUAAGUACAUCAUAAAAAAAGAAUUUUGCUUAUUAA